CACACGAGCACACACGAGGCACACGAGCAACAAGCACACGAAGCACACGAAGAACUUCAAUAACUUUUUAUGUUACUAAUAAUAAGAUAAGCUGACGGUUGACUGUUGACUCUUGCCAGAAUUAUUCUGGUUUGCGAAGAAAUUUCUUGUGGAAAUCAUAUUUAACCUUUAACUGCAUAAGUUUGACAAAAUGUCUGUCCAGAGAUGGCUGAAAUAUACUACCUGUCGCUCAACAAAAAGGUCCUACACAAAUUUACCCACUGGCAAUAAUGAUUACUCAAAUGCAACGAUAAAUCUGGAUGAAAGCGAUCGUGAUUCUGUGAUUGAGGUCAGUCCGAUCCGGGCAACAUCCUCAAAAGACAAUGUUUUGAGAGUUUGCAGGACACAAAGCAGCAAUGCCCCUCUCUUUGUCAAUGCCAAAAACACAGAAGCAAGCGUUAAAAUUCCUGACUUCCUUGGCCUUGCAGAGGGUCCUUCAAAGAAAAAGAAGAGAGUUACAAGUCAGAGUGUAUCUCCUGCUAAGCCGGCUCUAAACAGAAAUGUCGCCAAAGCUGCCUUAAAAAAUCUGCCAGAAAGUCAACAUCAAAUUCCAAAGGCACCAGCAGGCAAAAUGAAAAAUACGGCUGGAAGGAAGAGAAAAAACUCGGAUACUUCGGUACAAUGCUUGGAUUUGGUCGACAACAAGGGAAGUAAGAUCAACGGCAAUCAGAUUGCACCGACUCAGAAGGCUCCAAACGUCAAGAGGCCGCCCCUCAAAGCCAAGCGUAGAAACCAGAACUGUAGCCUUCCAACAGAAAAAGCUUCUCCAAGAAAAGAACUGCCAAAAGCUCCACCUUCAGUUCCUCUUAAACCACAACGAGAUAAUGAUGAUGAUGACUGUAUUGUAAUUUGGGAAUCUGCUGAUGUGCUCUGUCGUUCUCAAAACAUUGCACCAAAUGUGGCCAAGAACCUGGUCACCCUGUUUGACAAUGAGAACACCAUUCCUUUCAUUGCUAGAUACAGGCGUGGUCUAACCAAUAAUAUGGAAGCUGAGCAACUUCGUAUUGUUAGGGACGCCUACGAGGAACUGAAAAUUGUUAGAGAAAAGGCUAAGACUGUCAUUAACAAAGUCCGUACAUCUGGACAGCUGACAAAAGCUUUAAAGAAAAGAAUUCUGGCCACGAAGAGCAUCUCCGAACUCGAGGACAUCAUGGAACAGUUUAAAACUCCUGGAAAAGGGACACUAGCUGAAAGAGCGCGAAGUGUCGGUUUGGAAGAGCCAGCUUUGCAGCUGCUUCAUGGAACUGCCCAUGUUGAUUUGUACUCUUUGGUUCAGCCAAAUACAGAUGGACUAAAAAAUGUCAAGGAAGUUGAGCUUGGUCUGCAGCACAUUAUUGCAGAGGUAGUUAGUAAACACGAAAAGAUUUUAGAAUUCUCGAGGAAUGGACGCAAAGGUGAAUUUUACAUCAAGAGCAAAGAGAUGAAAAUCACAAAAAAGUCUUUGCUGGACAAAAAGAAGCAUGAGAAGAAUGUCCACAAGUUCAAAGAGUUCUUUGAUUACAACAACAAUGUCAAGAACAUUCGGCCACACACGACUAUGGCUUUAAAUCGUGGUGAGAACUUGAAGAUACUUUCGGUUAAAAUCGAAGCACUGCCGAUUGUGAAAACAUUUUUCAACAGACUCUGUCAAGGAGUAUUUUUGAGCUCUGGCGUUUCAAGUGCAAUGCGCUGGAAUAUUUGCAAAGCAGCAUUUGAAGAUGCAUGGGAUAGACUUGUUUUUCCCGCUAUUGCUAGACAAACUAGAGCCGAGUUAACAAAAAAAGGGGAAAAGGAGAGCUUGGACGUGUUUGCUUCAAACCUCAAGCAAAUUCUACUGGCUCCUCCUCUAAAGGGUGCCACAGUAAUGGGCAUGGAUCCUGGAUUCUUGAACGGCUGUAAAGUUGCUAUCGUCAGUCCCUCGGGAGAGGUGAAGCACACAGAUGUUAUUCAUCCUCCUCUCAAUGAAGGAGAUCCAUUUGGACCAGCUGCUAAAAAGGUUUGUGACAUGGUCAAGAAGUUUGGUGUCAAGGUUCUUGCUUUGGGUGACGGUACAGCAAGUGCAGAAACAAGUGCCUGGUUAGGCAGUUUGAUUGAGGCCAAAGCGUUCCACCCACUAGACGUUUCCUAUACCGUGGUUUGCGAGAGAGGCGCCUCGGUCUACUCUUGCAGUCCUGUAGCCAAAGAGGAGUUUCCCAGCAUGGACCCCAACAAAAUAAGCGCAGUUUCCAUUGCCAGACGCCUUCAGGAACCUCUAGCUGAGCUGGUCAAAGUAGAGCCUAAACACUUGGGGGUUGGUAUGUACCAGCAUGACCUGCCAGAAUCAAAACUGAAGUUGACCUUGGACGAAGUAGUACAAGAGUGCGUCAGUUUUGUUGGAGUAGAUGUGAACACUGCAUCAUUGUACUUACUGCAACGAGUGGCUGGUCUCAACGAAACCAAGGCCAAAAAUCUUCUCCAGUGGCGAAAUGCAAACGGACCCUUUACAUCUCGUCAGCAACUUCUGGAGGUUAAGGGCAUUGGUCCAAAAGCCUUUCAGCAGUGUGCAGGAUUCAUCAGAGUCAUUCCUUGCAGCAGAGCAGGAUCCUUGACUGAGAACAAAUCGCAGGCAACUUCGAAAACAAAAGUCAAAAUAGAAAAGGGCAUCAUGCCUAAUCUAUUGGAUAGCACUAAUGUCCAUCCCGAGGCCUAUUCGUCUGCCUUAGAGUUGAUGAAACUGAUAGGUGUUGAACUUGAAGACCUUGGAAAGACUGGAUUCAUCAGAAGCAUAAAUAAGUUUCUUCGGAGAAAAGACAUGUCAAGGAUAGCAAAGAAAAUCAAAGUGGAGAGUGAACAGGCUGUCUUGCAGCUGGCUGAAGCACUGACUCAGGGGCCAGCGUACGACAUACGAGUCAAGAAUUCUGGGCCAGUUUUCCGAAGGGGCUGUACCAAAAUUGAGGAUGUCAAAUGUGGAGAAAAUUUUACAGGCUCUGUGCAAAAUGUCACGCCAUUCGGUGCUUUCAUUGACAUUGGUGUAGGGACAGCAGGACUGUUGCACACAAGCAAGAUGAGAGGAACGGCUUUGCAAGUUGGGCAUAGAGUGGAGGUUAAAGUAAUGACUGUGGAUUUGCAAAGGAAGCGAAUUGGGCUUGAUUUCCAGUACCAGUAACAGAUUUGUAAUGACAACGAUCAUGUCGAUCUAUCACACUGACCAUGAGACAUUAAAAUACAUAAAGGAUGAUAUUUAUUUUUUGGGAAAAAAAUUUUAAUUUUCAUGGAAUAAUUUUAAAAUCAUUACGCUAAUACAUAUUCAUCCGUAAGCAUUUUUCACAGUUAAAAAUAUUGAAAUCAAAUUUAUCAUAUUUAAAAACGUUCCAAGUUCCAAACGAAAUAUUUAGAUAUUCGUAUUACACCAGAUGGAGAGAUGAAACACUAAAAUGUAUUAUCAAAAUUUAUUUUGUAACUUUUGAAAUAAAAUUUUUUUUCCCGCUGC